AUGGCGCUUUUCUUUCGAAGACGGUUGGCUGCCCUUGACUUGGACACUAGUGAAUCCUUUGACUGCUUCGAUGCGAUCGGGCACGGCGUGUACCAGCAGCGCCUGCUCUUUCUCAGUUCCCUCAUUUCAUUCCUCGUGCACGUCAACAUAAUGUCAUUCUAUCUCAUAUCGGGAGACGUGGACCACUGGUGCCGGCCGCCGCCUGACUGGACUAUGUCCGUCGCCGCCUGGAGGAACUCAGCCAUCCCUCUGGAGGCGGACGGCAGUCCCAGCCGGUGCUCCGUCUACCAGAAUCCGGCAGACCCGAACGACACCGACGUGGUAGCUUGCGAUCAUUGGGACUACGAUCCGAAGAACGAGAAAAAGACCAUCGUGAGCUCCUGGAACCUGGUAUGCCAUCGGCGGUCUCUGAUCGCGGUCAUACAGCUCGUUUACCUCACCGGUUCCGUCGUGCUGCCCAGCAUUGCCGGCUACCUGGCGGACAGCGUCGGUCGCCGGCCCAUGCUCCUGAUGUUCACCGCCACGCUCAUUGUGGGGACGUGCGGCAGCUGCUUUGCCGACACGUACGUCUUGUACGUGGUGAUCAGGUUCGUCCUCUCCGGCUGCUCGGGCGCCGCUGCCCUGGUGUCCUGCAUGCUCGCGUUCGAGGUGACCAGACACGAGUACCGAACGACGUACACUGUUGCGGUCACUCUUUCGGCCGUCUUGCUCUCUGAACUGUGGUACGACCUGCUCAGGCAACUCAGCCUCGAUAGGUUCCUGCUCCAAGCGAUCUUCUUGGCACCCACAGCCGUUGCACUCAGCACGUUCUGGUUCGCCGACGAGUCUAUACGAUGGCUCAUCUUUAGCAGAAACAUGGCAUCGGCGGAAGCGGUCAUGCUGGCGGCCUCGAAGAUGAACAACAUUCCGCUGCCCACUACGGCCUGUCUGCUAAACAAGCUGAAGGCGGAGGCGCUCAGAAGUGAGGAGCAUCUCAAAACGUUGCCGAUAAACGGCGAAAACUCAUGGGCGAAAUACAUACCUACUCGAGCGCUCUUCAUGUUCCUCGCAUAUUUCUCCGCAACAUUCACGUACAUUGUGCUGCUCCAGUCGUUCUUGAAGACUCCCGACUCGUGGGCCCGUUGGCUGUCGCUACCCAGCUACAUGCUGACGACUCUGCUCGCAUACACACUCAUAGGUCGGCUGUUUGUCAUCCCAGCCGAGGCCUUCGCACUGGCGGUCAAUGUCCUGGCAGGUGUCUGCGUGUGCGAGGUGUUCCCGACUCCAGUACGUGGCACUGCAUUGGGCUGGUCCUUCGGCAUCGUCCGAGUGGGAGGCGUCUGCGCCACGUUGGCGUCGCUGCUAAGGAACGUCGGUCGCGAGGACGCCGCGUUGGCCAUCGCGGCUUGCAUGAUGUUCCUCUCGCUGGCGGCGCUCAUCCGGACACCGUGGAAAAACACGGGCCCCACGAUCAACCUACGGAGGGUCUCCGCCACGGGCAGCAAGAGCGUGGAUCACAUGAAGAUGACGCUGGAUCCUCUAGAUAACCGGAAGCGCGAUAGGAGGCGAACCAGCUAUGACAGAGUGAGGUCCAAUAGAUCCCUCUCGUCUCGAAAGCCCAGUGACAAUUAG